GCCAAAAUAUAGGUAAUGGCUGCCAUGACUCUUCAAAGCGUGCAAGGACAUGUGACUAGAUCAGGUGAUACUGGACUCCAUUUUAGUGCCUGUAUUUCCCAAUAAACUGUGUUGGGGGCUUGGCUUGAAACAAAGAAGUUCCCUCUAUAUGGAAGAAACUAUAAAAGAGGGAAGUGACAUCACUGAGGGGCCUCACUCCCCUUACAACACAGCACCUGAAAGCACCUUAGGAACAAAGACUGAACAAGGGAAGUGGGGUUCCAGACAGGAAAGAAGGAAACCUGCCUGUGUAUGGAAGCUUGGUUGACUGUUUGUAUUAUCUAACAGGGCUGAGCAGGGCAGAUUCUGUGGGCAGUUUCUUUGGAGGAAACACAAUGGAAAGGCGCAGUGGAAGACUGGCCAGCCUUCAAAAGCAGAAGCCCAAUAUAUACCGAGAAACCGGGGUGAGGAGGGUUUUCAAAAGACCGUACAGGAGUAAGCACUCUUCUAGUGCCACCCGAUUGAAACGAGACUGCAGCCCUGAGCAGGACCAUUGUCCACACAGUGACAGAGAUGCAGAAGACUCAACAGAGCAGCCUACCUGCAGUACAGAGCUGCAUGAAGGAAGCAGCUGCUCCAGCAAAUGUCUUCCUGAAACCAGCACGUUGGUAGACACCACCAACAAUUCCCCUGGGUUGCACAACCAAGGGCAUAUCCCGUUAGAGGAGCAGUCCAGGCAAGUGAUGAAGACGGUUGCUUUUCCGGCAAUAAUAUUCCUGUUGGGCAUCUUUUCCGCAUUUGUGCAUGGCUUUCGCUUGCCCUCUGGGACCUGCAAGCCGCAGAUGCAGUUGAAGCUCAGACACCAGAAUGAGAUUCUUCAGCAACACCUUCAGCGGGAAAUUGAUGACUUCCGAGGGCAGAUCGCUGAGCUGCAGAUUCAAGUAGCGACUCUAGCAAAGACGCAUGGACGGCAGCGUCGGAGGACAAAGAAACAUCCAGUAGGGUCAGUGGACAGUUGGGUACAGGGCAACAGUGACCGCAUCCAGAGGGAGGACUUUGCUCUGAAAUCAUUGGGUGCCUCUGUUGUGAAAUACAGUGAAAGCUACAAGACAGGUGCGCAUAUCUGUAUGUUUGGACUCUGCUGGGAAUAUUCACGAUCUCCAGAUGUGAUUCUACAGCGGGAUAACACCCCAGGGAACUGCUGGGCCCUGCGUGGAUCUCGUGGCUAUGUCGUGGUUAAAUUAUCCAGAGUCAUCCAUCCGCUUGCUGUCACGCUGGAUCAUAUUGCCAAGGAAGACUCUCAGACAGAAGAGAUAUCCAGUGCCCCAAAGAACUUUGCCAUCUAUGGGCUGAAAGAAGGCUUUGGAGAGAAGGGAGGUGCCUUCUUAGGGGAGUUUGUCUAUGAUCAGGAAGGGUUCCCUGUCCAAACAUUCAAGCUGGAGGAUGCAAACACAGAUCGAUUUGGAUACCUACAGCUGAGAGUCCUGAGCAACUGGGGUCACCAAAACUAUACAUGCAUUUAUGGGCUUCGUGUGCAUGGGGACCCAGCGCUCUGACGAACCUGCCGGCAAGAAUCCAUGCAAUAAAUAAUUACUUCUGGGUAA